AUGAAGAUGGAGAACUUGAAUCAACAUCCCGGCAUGAAAGUAGAAGAACGCUAUAAUCUUUGGGCAGGGAAAGGCAACGAACGACGCAAUGUCUUCGAGGAUAUUGUCGCAGAGGAGCAUACCUUCCAGUUUAUUGGCUCUACAAACUCCAAUUUCACAAAUGCACGAUCUAUUACAGCCAAAAAGUAUGCGCGUCAGUGCUUGGGCAACGCGUCCGAUACUACAAUACAGCGGGCUUCCAGAAGCCAUGGUGAAGUCUCAUGGAAGGAAGAGCUUCUUCCUCACUGGCAACAGCCAAAAAGUUCCCAGAGGGUCGAUCUCCCUCUUCACUAA